UUUUUAUUAUUUUUUAUUUUAUUUUAUUUUAUAUAUCUAGGGUAUUAGGGUAUUUUUACCUAUUAAAUGAAAUAUUUUGGUCAUUUUUCUCUUUGUGGUCUACUUUUAUGACCAAAACUUGAAAAUAGUCUAUUUAUGAGAAUUGCCCAUUAUAUUGUUUGGAAUAGCAGUAUAUUAAGAAAAAAAGUAUUAAUGGGCUUAUGUGAAUUCUAUUAUAUUACGAGAAACUAUAUAUUUAGACUAUCUUUAAAAUAUACAAAAAUGGUCUAAUCUAAUAACCUAAAACAUCUUUUGUCUAAAAUAAAUUUUAUAUAUAUAUUUCAAAUAAAAAAUAUACAUAUAUUCAAAAAUUGAUUUUUACUAAAAUGUUUUCCAAUAACCAUUAUCAAAAAAAUGUUUUCAAUAUAUAUAAGAAAAAUAUAAUACAAAGCUCAAUUUUAAACAACAGCUUAUAUUAUGGUUUUUAUAUUUCACAUUAAGUUUUAUAAAUAUAAUAUAUAUGAUUAUUUAUAUGAUGAUAUUUAUAAAAUAUUAUUAAUUAUAUGAUUACUUAUAUGAUGGUAUGUAUAAAAUACGAUUAAUUAUAUGAUGAUACAUAUAUGAUAUAUAAUAGUGGCUAGGGAUGGGUGUUACGAUACUCAUUCGGGUUCGGUCUGGUCUCUUUGGAUUUCAGAUUUUCGGGGUCAAAGAUUUUAGUCCCAUUCGGAUAUUUCUAAAUUUUGAUCCGGGUUCGGUUCGAAUCUUUGCAGGUUAGGUUCGGAUUCGGAUAAUCCAUUUAAAUGAUUUUUAAAAUUUUAAAAUUCAUUAUAUACUUUAAAUUUCUGAAAAUCUAUAAGCAAAAUAAUAUAUUACAUAUAAAUUUGAAUAACAUCUGUCAGAAUACCUAAACUUAACAUAUAAAUUGAUUCGGUUUAAAUAUUUGGAUAGAGAAUUAAUAAUUAUUUUAAGUAUUUUUGGUAUUUUGAGUACACUUUAACGAUUUUAGAUGUCUACUUUUGACAAUUUGUAUAUAUUUUCAAGUAUUUAAACCAACUUAAAAAUAUCUUUUAUAUUCUGGAUGUUUUUAUAUACAUUAAAUCUACAAACAAUUAAUAUAUAUAUAUAUAUAAGUAUAUAAAUCUAUUUCGGAUAUAUUCGGGUACCCAUAAUAUUUUAGUUUGGAUCAGAUUCGGUUUCAGUUCUCUAAAUACUAAAAUUUUGAAUAAUUCAAAUAUUUAAUCAAUUUCGGUUCAGAUUUGAUACUACCUUUUUGGAUCGGGAUCGGAUCGGUUUUUCAGAUUCAUGUUUUUUGCACAAUCCUAAUAGUGAUACGAAAAACAAACAGCAACAUAUUUUUGAAAAAUACAUCCGUGCGGGCGCGCGGAUUAAAUUCUAGUAUAAUUAAUUAUUUCCAAACACACAUAUAUAUAUAUAUAUAUAUAUAUUGGAAAAUACAAAUAAUACUAAAAGUUAUAUUUAUUAAUUAUUGUUUUCAUGAUUUUUUAGUUAGAAUUUGAUGUUAGAAAUACAUUAAUUAAAGAUGAAAAGACAAAGAAUCCUAAAAGGUAGGUUAAUUAAUAACUUUAGUGGCAUGCCAUUGUAAAUAACUUGCAAAACCAAGGAACAGUUUAAAUUUGUACUUCUCUUUUAAUAGAUUAGAUUUGAUUUGUUAGUUAAUCUAACAACCUCUUAUAGAAAAAAAUUAAUACAUUAUUAACAAAUUGCAAUCUUCAUAACAAUAUUUUUCAUGCAGUUAUAUUUGAUUGUAUAUCUAUGGUAUAUUUUGUUGGAUUCGGUUUAGUAAUUUACUUUACAUUUAUAUGAAAUUUAUAUUAAAAAAAAUACUAAACAUGAUGAAGAAAUCAACUGAAUAUCCCUACAAACGAGCAAACUUCUACUAUAUUUAAGAAAUAAUAUAUUUUUUUUUUGAACAAAAAUUAUAUUAUUUAUUCAAACAAGAUCUAUAAUAUUUUAAAUGACGAUUUCUAACUGAAACAUUUCUGUUUUUAGUUAUCAAAUUAAAAUGACCAGUUUUCGAUUUGUCAAAUUAAAAUGAAAAAGAUGUCCAUGAUGUGGAUCAAACUCUAGAACCACAUUAAGAUUUAUCAAACUUAUAGAAGUUACAAGGCAUAAUAUACAUUUUUUAUUUCACGGAAUAAGUUGUUUCUUCCUCGGCCAAAAUAAUUGACAAUUACACAGUUUUUAAGAAUGAACUAGAUUUCGACCCGCGCUUUCAAGCGCGGGUUCUUUUGUUAUAGAAAAUUUUGAUAUAAAUUAGUAUUUUGUGAUUGUUUUACAUUAUUAUGUUACAAAGUCGAAUUAUAUAAAAGAACUAAUUUUAAAAAAAUUUAUAUAAUUCAUGAAUUAGUUUAUUUGAAAUUUUGUAUAAAUCUUAUGUAAUUCUCUCGUACGCAUGGGUAUUUUACAUGGACUCCAAAAACCAAACCAAAAUCAACUCGAAAAUACUGGUUCACGUCGGGUUCAGAGAAAAAUACGUAUUUGUUUUUGGAAAUACGGGUCUCUGUUAGCGUCUGAAACCUGUUUGGGAGCAAAAGUACCCAAAAUGUUUGUGUAUAUUAGAUAUAUUUGUGUAUUUUGGAUAUGUUUUUGGUAUACAUAUAUUUUUGAGUUUUUGGUUUGAAUUUGCGGUUAUAGUUUUGGAUUUCGAGUAAAAAUUCAAAUUUUAAAAAUAUAUUUUUGGGUAUUCAGAUACAAUUUUGGGUAUUUUUUUUGGUUCCUCGGUCAAAUUUCGAGUACAAUUUUAGGUCUUUUGAGUAUUUUCUGAUUUUUCGGGUAUUUGUUUAGAUUUUAGAUAUUUUUCGUGUUUCGAGUAUUUUUAUGUUUAUCGAGUUUUAUUUGAGUCCUAAAUAUCUGAACGGAUCCAUACCCGUUACGUAAAAAAAAUAACAUAUAUUUUAUAGGUAUUUGAAUUAUGGAGUCCAAACCAUCCAUAUCCGAAAGAAACCAAUCCGAACCCAAAUAAUUUUUUUUCUAAAUACCUAAUUAGGUCCAAAAACCCCAGACCUAGCAAACUUCAUUGAUUCGUUUUAUAAAAUUUUGGGUGGAAAAUACUUUUCAGGUUUGAUCAAUAAUGUUUAAUAGGACAUGGCUCAUUUAUAUUUCAAAAGUUGAUCUCGUAAGAAAUUUUUUGAUCUAAUGGAAGAGGAUGGUAUAUAUGACAAUGACCCCUACAUAUUGAAAUUUCGGUGCCGUUUAUAUGUAUAUAUGUUAAAUUGAAGGAAGUUGAUUUAAGUAAAAUAACCAUUUGAAACAUUUCAUAUAUGUUGUUAUGAUCUUAUUAAAGUGGGUGAGAUUUACUUAAAUGUUAGAAGAUAUUAUUUAAUUGCUAUAUAAUAGGGGAUAUUUAUUAAUAUUCAGUUGUAUACAAUAGGUUAGACUAAAAAAUAUACAGGUGCAACAACCUUGUAUAAGUAGAUUUUUUAGGACUACUUCCCUUUUAAUAGUAUUGAUUUUCAUCUUUUUAAGAAAUUCAAUUAGUAACCCAAUUCAAUGUAAAUAAUAAAAAUUAACCCAACUCUAAAUUUUGUUUAUGUUUAAUAAUUACUAUUGUUUUUGUUGCUAAAGAAAUAUUUUAUCAUUGUUUUCAUAUUUUCUCAUUAUAAAAUCUUUAUUUUUACAAAUACAAUAUUUUAGUAUUUCCAAACUAAUUAAUUUUAAAACUAUAAAUUUAUGUAUGUAAAUAUAUAUAUAUAUAUAUAUAUAUAAUUAUUUGACCAAUAUUUAUAUAUAAAUUAAUGUUAAUGGUGGUUAUGCAUAUGAGCAGUCGCUGCUGGAGUUGUCUUACCAGUGUUGUUGCGAACUGCGAUUUUGUCUUUCGUAUUUCCAGACAUUGUUUUGAUCAAGCGUUUUGCGGCUAUGAGUUAGAGUAAUCCGUAGCCCUGCUCCUUCUAGUGCCAAACUGUGGAAACCGAAAUUCGCACUGUCGACUUUCGUUUAAAUUAGGAAAUUUAGAAAAACCCUAAUAUCCCAGAGGUCCCCAAACAAUCCGAAUACGAGAAUGAAAACGAUGAAAAUAUAAGAAAUCGUAAAAAGAGAGCAAAAAGAAGUCUUAUUCCAAAUUUGCGUAUGAGCGUUUACAACAAGGUAGGAGCAUCGGCUACAAGAGCUGUCGGCGAGUUCCCAAGUUAUAAUAACCUAAGACUGCAGAACCUAGUUGAGUCGCAGCUCGAAAUAACAAAAACGGAAAGUUGCCUAAUUGCUCUAAGUGCUAAGUUUGCUCUCAAAAAGUCAUCUCCUCUGCCUCUCGCCUAGGACUCCUUAUAUACUCGCUCCUAGGUCGGUUUAUGCUUUUCCCUUCCUGCCCCUAAGCCGUCAUAGCUCAAAAUGGGGAUAUUCCAAUUUUCCCGAUCUUCGUGAUUAUCUUCGGAAACUUCAGAUUUAUCCGCGAAAACUUGACAUCUAUCCUUUUCUUACGAACCAAGCAUAAACCGUCAUACGGCUUAUGGGUUUUUGGUUUAAGAAAUCGUAAGUGGGCUUCGAGCUGCGUUUUAGGCCUCCUUGGGCCGUCUUCGACUCGAAAUGUUUAUUACGGUUUCUUCGAUAAAAACAAACUUCCCGCGGUUUUUAUCGUAAAGUUUGACUGAUGACUUCGAGUGACGACAAACAUAGAAUGGUUUAGCCAUGGCCUGCAGGAGAUAGUAUUAAAGAGUAGACGAGAAUACAUGGAUUUGUGUCGUAUUGACUUUUUGGGAGAGCUCGGUCGCUACGUGCUCGGUCGCUACGUAGUGACCGAGCUUGGCUUGAGCUCGAUCGCUACGUAGCGACCGAGCUUGGCUUGUGCAUGGUCCGAUGGCCAUACUUGAGCUUGUCCAUGGCCGAUUUGGAUACAUGUCUGUUGCCUUCGGACAAUCAGUAUUUAAUUGUUCGAUUGAGAUUUGAACAAGAUUUUACCACAAGGCUCUUCGUAAAGAUUUCUUUAAGAAGAUUACUUUUUGUAAAAAUGUUCCUGCUGAUUUUUACGGACUUUCAGAUAUUGAUUCCAUCGUAACCAAUUUUGACCCCAACACACACUUGCUGAGAUUGUUUGAAGGAACCAAAGUUGACCUCCAACAUUAAACUUGACAUAACUGCUUUUAUUGUGGCUUGGUAUACAUGGGAUUGGAUUCUUCAAACAAGUCUGAAAGGUAAAGUCUUGUGUAGAUUUAUCACUUUUUAUCUCUCUAUUUUGACCUUAGAUUUAUAGGUAGAUUGAAAAAAAAAAUGAUAUUAAUUAUGUGUUAGUUAGGUGGAAUCCGAACAGGACUUGGUGGCUACAACCAUUAAAGCUUGCUUCGUAAGGAUUCCAACAAAAAGAAUUCGAACGGGACUUGGUGGCGGCAAUCAUCAAGGUUUGAUUCAUAUGAAUUAUUGGAUAUAGGUCAAAAAGAAGUGAACAAGACUUAGUGGCAACAUCCAUUAAGGCUUGAUUCAUGGAAGCCUGUCCAAUUUUGGUCAAUGAACCUGCAAUAAGCAUACUUUUACUAAAGAGAGAAAUUAGAAGAGAGAAAAGAUAGGAACUAACUUUUACCUGCAGAUCCAGAUACUUGUUUAAAAAUCCUUGCAUCCUGUGAUUGAUAUUCCCAAGGUAAACCUACACUUUUAUUUACGCAAAUAAAUGAGGUUGGCAGAGGGGAAUGUUAGACAAAAUUUGUUUAAGUUGCUAGCUAGAUGAAUUUGGUUGCUAAGCUAGGAUAUGGUGUAAAUUGCUUUUAUGGUUAGGACUUUUAAGAUAUGGAUUGCAAUAUUGUAGAGGUGAUGAUUCUGAGUUAUAAAUCAUGUGAGUUCCUCAUGUUUUUAAACCUCUCUCGGAGAGACUGCUCUGUUGUGUUUUGCUUGAGGACAAGCAAAAGAGUAAGUCUGGAGAAAGUUGAUAGACCAUGUAUUUUACCCAUUUUUAACCAUGGUUUAUGAGUGUUUUAAGAUAUAUUAUUACUAUAUAGAGUCUAUUUAUAGAAAUUACUGGUUCAAGUACUAUCUGAAAGAAAAUGAUGUAUUUGGAGCUAUUUGGAGACUUUCUGAGCUUUGCUGGAUGGUCGAUUAUUUGUCUGAAUAUCGACCAAUUGUUACCAAGGAAUAACGAUCGAUGAUGAACCCUUCAUGUCGAUCAACGGCGAAGCCACCCGAGAGUUAAUGACAAAUUAGAAGAAUUAAAAUUUCACAAAAGUUUCAAUAAUUACAUGUUAAGUCCAUGGCCGCCUGUUAGGCUAUUUAUUAGGGUUUUGAAUCAUUUUAGAGGCAGACUUGCCUAGAGACCUUUUUAGACCUAGUUUGGAGGCAGCAAGAGGCCACCAUUGAAAGGAGAGAGCUUAUAAUUAGAGAGAUAGAUCAACAUUGCAAAACAGAGAAGAUCUUGAACUCCUUUGUUUUAUUCAUUUUGUUGCUUCCUCUAUUUACUCAUUUUGUUUAAGUAUUAUUCAGACCAUCAUAACUAUGUGUUCCAUGAAUAUGUCUGAGUAGUCUUUAUUGUUAGAUUUUGGUUUCUCAAUAGGUUGAUAAAUGUAUUACUGACAACAACAAUUGUUAGAGAGUUUAGAAAUAUAAUUCUUUCAUCCAGUUAUGCUUAAAGCUAAAUUUAGGAUUGAUCACCCUUUAAAUUUAGAUUUUAGGAUAAAUUGGGAUCAAGCCAUUGCUUGACUCAAUACCUGAAAAUAACUAGCAUGAUCUAACUGACUAGAUACAGACGAGAGUUGGUUUAGUGAGUUAGAGAAUUUAGAUCAAACCUAUCCGUAAAGCUCUCUGGAAGAAGUAUCGAUCGACGCAACGAUAGCCCUAUCGAUCGAUUUUUUGAAAGGUGUCUCGAUCGAUAUUCAUAACGAAUAAUCGAUCGACACUUUCUCGUGAUUAACAUACGAGAGUUGAAAUCCGAGAUCCAUAUUAGAUAAUCAGAUUGAUUAUAUCUACAGUUUGAAUUCAAAAAUGAUUAAUAUUAAACCCCUAAAAACCCAAAUUAAGUUUUACUUAUCACACCUGAGAAUAUACCUGAAUCUAACUAUUUCUCCCAACUGUUAACAACCCCAAAAAAAUCAAUCGAGCAAUAUACUUCUUGCUCACCACUCCAUUAACUGCUCUAAAACUUAUAAACCAUUUAAUCUAGAUUUAUUCCAAAACCAUAAUCUAUUGUGUAAUCCUAGAGUCUCUAUGGAUUCGAUCCCUAAGUACUACAUCUGAACAUCUUAUUUCAGAGAGUAAUUCACUCCUUAGGAUAAUUUGAGUGAUAUCACAUACACCGUUUCUUGAAGUUCUCCGUGUAAAAAUGCUGUCUUGACAUCGAGAUGAUGCACCUCCCAUUCUUUAGUUGCCGCCAAACUGAUAAGCAAGCAUACGGUUUCUAGACAAGCAACAGGCACAAACACUUCCUCGAAAUCAACUCCAUGCUUUUGAACAUACCCCUUUGCAACCAAACGAGCUUUGUACUUGUUAAUACUUCCAUCACCGUUUCGUUUGAUUUUGAAAACCCAUCUCAAACCUAUUGGUUUUACUCCUGGUGGAAGAUCAACUAAGCUCCACGUUUCAUUCCUUAUGAUAGAUUGUAUAUCAUCCUCACAAGCUAAUAUCCACUACGUUAUCUUUCUUGCUUCUUCGAAGCCUUCUGGCUUGCCAUUAAGAAUCAAUAAUAACUUUUCUCCUUCUUCUUCUGCAAGCAAAACGUAAUCCUCAAGGUAUUUGGGCUUCACGACUUGUCUCUCACUUCUUUGUAAUGGUAUCUCUUCAGCUACAUCCUCACUAGACUCUCCUUCGACCUUCUCCUCUUCGGGAACCUUCACGAUAGGUUCGCCAUUAUCAGUUAUAGCUUCUGUUACGAAUUGAUCGUUCUCAACACAAAUUCCUUCAAUGCCAUGGUUUCCAAAUUCUCCUAGAGUAACAUUAAAGUCGCCAUUAUGAUCUGUUUCAUCUCUAUUCCAGUUCCAGAUUUUAGAUUCAUCAAACACAACGUCUUGGCUGACGACUAUCUUUUGUCUCUCAGGAUCCAACAGUCGAUAUGCUUUUGAUCCAGGCUCUGUGCCCAGAUGUACAAGCAUAUGUGAUCUGUCGUCGAGCUUUUUAAGAUGCACAUUCUCGACUUGUGCAUAUCCUAUGCAACCAAAGAUGCGUAGAUGUUGGAUGUUAGGUUUCUUUGAUCGGAAGACUUCGUGUGGCGUCUGAUCAUUGAGUACUCUCGUCAAUAUCAUGUUCAAGAGAUAGGUUGCAUGUCGUAUGGCUUUGCCCCACAGAGAGUUUGGCAUAUGAAUAUGCUUUAAAAUACUGUGUGACAUCCCUAGUAGAGCCCUAUUUUGCCUCUCCACCACCCUGUUUGUUGUGGGCUGUAUGCAGCUGUGAGAUGUUGCUUUAUACCCGAGUCUUCGCAGAAUGCAUUGAAUUCAUUGGACACAAAUUCUCCUCCUCUAUCUGUUCUGAGCAUCAAUAUCGUUUCCUUCGUCUCUUGUUCCACCAUACUCUUCAUCUUCUGGAACCUCUGGAAUGCAUCACUUUUCUUUUUGAGCAAAAUUAUCCACAUAUAUCUCGAGUGAUCGUCAAUGAGCACAAAAAUAUACUUGUUUCCGGCUUGUGUAUUAGGUGUUAUAGGGCCGCAGAGGUCUCCAUGUAUCAGCUGUAAUACUUUCGAGGCUCGGAACGUAGUUGAUUGAGGGAAUGAGCCUCUCACUUGUUUUCCCAACAGACAAGAAGGGCAUAUCUCUUUCUCGACAUUAACAUUCGGCAUUCCACUGACUAGGUCUCUCUGUAUCAUCGUCUUCAUCGUGUUGUGAUUAACAUGCCCGAGUCUUGCAUGCCAUCUAUUUGAUUCCCUGAUAUAUGCUAAGUUUAGCUGCGCCUUGAGUCCCAUUCAUACCUUAUAAAGACGAUUUUGUGAUCUCUGUGCCUUGACAAGCAACUUACCGUGUUGAUCACACAUUGUUCGAUUCUCUCCUCGCAGCCUUAUAUCACAUCCGGACUAUGUUGCUUGUCCGAGACUAAUGAUGUUGCUUCUCAACUCCGGAAUGUAGUAGACGUUGGUCAUCUUCCUUGGCUCUCCGUUCAUAUCUAUGAAAGAUAUGGUGUCCUUUCCCUUUAUAUCAAUGCGUGAGUCAUCCCCGAAUCUCACUUUUCUGGUGACUGAACUAUCCAACUCAGAAAAAUAUCUCUUGUCUCCUGUCAUAUGAUUACUUCCCCCAUUAUCUAAGUACCAUAUGUUUUCUGCUCUGGAGUUUGCCUCGCAUUUGUCUGGUAGACAGUUCUUCUCUUUUAGAUACACCACCUCGUGAAUCAUAAGCUCAUCCGCAUCAUGUGUCUCACUAUUGGUAUUCUCUUGAGCUUCCUGUAGCUUCAAAAAUCGAUCAGGGCAAUCCGUCGCGUAGUGCCCUAUCUUGUCGCAACGAUACCACGUGAUAUUUGUUGGAUCUCUCCACGUAUUGCAACCUCUUUCGCGUCCUCUGUUAUUCCAACGUCAUCCUCGUCCUCUGUUCUUGUUGUAAUCUCUCUGAUACUCUUGGUUUGGACCCUCAUUGUUUGUGUACAUGAGUUUGGUCUGAUCUUCAUGUGGUUCCUCAUUCUCUUGUAUACGUUCCUCAUAAGUUUUCAAACGACCUAUGAUAUCCUCAUAACUUGUAGUAUUUAGGUCUAAUACUUGCUCGAGGGACGCUACAAUGUGGAUGUAUUUUUUACGAGGGAGGCUUGAUAGGAACUUCUUGUCGAGUUUAGGUUCUUCGAUGCUUAUCCCUAGGGCCGAGGAUUUAGAUGAAAUCUCAGCAAGAUUUCCUCCAAACUCAUCAAUGGUUUCAUUAUCCUUCAUCUUGAGUCGAUCGAACGCGAUUCAUUAAGGUUUUAACCUAGCUUCUUUGACUCUUUCUGCCCCUACAUGCCUUGUCUUAAUCGCUUCUCAUACCUUUUUUGCUGUAUCGAGUUCUCUAACUUUAAGAAUAAGACUUUCUGGUAUAGAUUGGAAUAAUAAAGCUUUGGCCAUGCAAUUUUUGUCUCCCUCGGUUGUUUCUUCACCUUCCACGAUCUCCCAAACUUUGUGUAUCUGUAACGCAAGCUUCAUCCUGAUAGCCCAAAUGGUAUAGUUUGUGGAGCUCAACAUCGGACACUUUAUUGUAGAGGAUCCUCCACUGUCUUUCGUCUUCCCGGUUGCAACGAUGAUAUCUCCCAUCUCGUCCUAAAGCUCUGAUACCAAAUGUAGAAUUUAAGGAUCGAACGUAACUUGAUCUCAAAGAAAUUACUCUUCUUUAUUGCCUUAGAAAAACUCACUCAAAACUAAGCUCUCAAGUCUCAAUCUCAAACUCUUAUGUGAUACUUCCCCUACUCGGUAUCUAUAUAUAUAUAUAUAUAUAUAUAUAUAUAUAUAUAUAUAUAUAUAUAUCUAAAGUCCUAAACACAUUAAAUAUAAGAUAUUUAGAUAACUCCUAAAUACUAAGGACUUUCCUAUUUCCUAAUCCAUAACUCGGUAGGAAAUAGAGAACUUGAUUCUCAAGUUAUUUAAUUGAAUUGAAAUUGGGUUACUCUUUAUUUAAAUGAAAAAGGAUUUCGUUAGCUGAUCUCCCAAAUGGCAUGUUAGCAUGUCCUUGAGAACGAAUCCUUGGUGAUUUUGACGUCAUAUUUGACUUAUCAAAACAAGUCAUCUUUGUCAUGUCACUUUUUCGGCCAGUCAAAUUAUAACGUCCACUUAAAUUUUGUUCUCAAAAAUAUUAUGAUUGCAAUUUUGCUACAACAACUAAUGUUUUAAUCAUGACCCACCUCUUAACUCUCUCAAGCCCAAAUACUCUCAACUAACCAAAUAGCAGAUGACCACCUCUAAGAAGUUAUUCUCCCACCUAACAAUUAUAGUGUCUAUCAUCACUCCCAGUACAAACUUGGUGCUUCGUGGUAAUUUCUAAACCUGAAAGACUCUUCCUUUUUCUCUCUCUCGAUCUAUGCAUUCACUUCACAGUCUUCAUCUCAGUUUCCUUCCUUUGUUCCCUAAAAAACUUCUAAAGCUCAUUUUAAUAAGACUUAAUAAACUAACAAGAUUUUGAGAAUUCUAUUCGGGAGGGGAGACAUGAUCCAAGGAAUUACUGAACAAGAUAUUGAAAAAGCUGAAAGCCCCAAUAAAGAUGUUGAAAAAGCUAAUAGUUCAAGGAAGCCAAAAGUUACCGAACAAGAUAUUGAUGAAGCAGAGAGUUCAAACAAGCAUGAAAUCAGUUACCAAGAUGAUGAUGAGAAGUUUGCAGAAAUAUUAGCAAAGAUGAAUAUGCUCAUUCAUAUUGGUGCAGAAUCUCCGAAGUUUCAAAGAAAAGGGGAAGGUUCGUGUAGCAUAUUCAAGAUUCCCCAAAGCCUGAAGAAGAACCAUCACAAGGGCUAUGAGCCUGAGAUAGUGUCAAUAGGUCCUUACCAUCACGGGAAAGAGCAUCUCCAAAUGCUCGAGGAGCAUAAACAUCGUUAUUUGAAACUUUUCCUUGGUGAGGCAAAAGAUGGUGUCGAUACCAACACUUUGGGUAGAAAAAUAAUUCAAAUGGAGACAGCUAUCCGGAACUCUUACUCUGAGAAGCUAGUAGUUAUAAAACCGGAAUUCCUCAAAAUGAUGCUCCUCGAUGGUUGUUUCAUUCUUAUGUUGUUCUUCUUCAUAUCAAGACACGUUCUCUCAAGUAAGAAGUCGCCAAAUGAUCGUAUUCUGACAACGCCAUGGAUCCUCUCCACCAUCCGGAGUGAUCUUCUGCUUUUGGAAAAUCAGGUUCCUUUAAUUCUUCUCAACACACUUUUGAAAGAAUCAAAAAUAUCUGUAAAUCUGGAGAAACUUGCAUUCAAGUUCUUUAACCUUUCAGUGGCUGAGAAAACAAAAUCUCAGAACCUUGAAGCACAACAUUUGCUUGAUCUGAUUCGUAAGAACUUCAUAAAUGGUACUUCUCAGAGUCCUGAGAAAGGACCAUCAAAUUCUCAUUAUGAUGAUUCGAGACUGAUCCUUUCAGCAAAUAGACUUCGCCUCCAGGGAAUAAAAUUCAAGGCUUCUCAUUAUCAACCUUCUUCAAAGAAAACUAGUGGCUAUGUCCCGAGAAGAAGCUCGCGGGAAGAAACAAUACUAGAUAUAAAACUAAACGGAAAUGAGCUUCACAUACCACCAAUAGUGUUUGAUGGAUUCAUCAGUUCGGUCUUGCUAAACUGUGUUGCUUUUGAGCAGUUAUCUACAAAGUGUUCCAACAAUAUAACCAGCUAUGUGGUUUUCAUGGGAUGUCUGAUGAAUGACGAGGCAGAUGCUACCUAUCUUAGUGAGAAAGGAAUCAUACAAAACUAUGUUGGUAAUGGGAGUGACGUCUCUCAAUUCUUCAAAUUCAUUUGCAAAGAUGUUGCCUUCGACAUGAGUAAUAGUUACUUGAAAGAAGAGUUCGAAGGGAUUAACAAUUACACUUCAAACAGAUGGAAUGUGGAGUGUGCAAGGUUCAAGCACCUUCACUUUGAUUCUCCUUGGACUGUUCUAUCAUCUUUCGCUGUUUUGGCAGCUAUUUUGCUUUCAGUACUCCAGACUAUUUUCGGAGGCCUCAGUUAUCUUCAUCAUUGUAAGUAACCAUUUGAUAAAGGCAUUUGAAUUUCAGUUGAGUUGUAAACAUAACUGUGAUCUUUCGAAGUAAAGCGUCAUAGUCAUAACUGUGAUCUAUGUUUAUAUAUUUUGUGUAUAGUGUCUGCCAUUGCUUGCACUCAUUUAUAGUGAGUCUUUAUAAACAUGAACUGUACUUAAAUUUUUAUUAUUUGUCUUGUUUUAUAAUAUAGCAUUUUGUU